UUUUCACUAUCUUUUUAGUAUCUCCAACACAGAAGAGUUACACAGUGUAGAAAUGAAAAGAAAUGUCAAAUCAAAUGAACGUGAUGGACAAUAUUAACUUUUUUAUGGGAACUAUUUUGUAUGUUUGAUGGUAUAUUAGUCGUCUAAGAAAAUAGAACGAAAUGAGGCCAUAACUGACAGUUAAUCCACAAUGGGAUAAAGAGAUCCUUGAACAUUUUUUUAGCCUUGACCAUGAACCGCAGAAAAAAGACAGUGGCUUACUUGAUAGGCCUGGCUUUGAUCGCAUACUGUGGUAUACAGGUGAUGUACAUGAAAGAUGUCUACAGUCCUCUUCAAGUACUGGCUGAUGCUCAUAGUGAGGCCAAGAGAUUGAUGCGAUUUAUUACAGCCUACCACUUUAUGUGUAACAAUACCAUGACAUUGUCCAACACCACUAGUUGGCCUAUCUGUAUUGAACUAGAUGGAGGAAUCAAUAUGGAUUCACCAGUGCCAAAAGUUAUAUAUUCCAUAGGGCCAUCAAAUUAUGACUUUGAGGAGGCAAUAGCUAGAAACAUUUCUUGUAAUGUGUAUAUAUUUUCCCAUGAAAAGCCACCAGCAGAUUUCUUCACGACCAAAUCGAAUCAUACACACUUCAUUCGUUCUGCUAUUGUACCGAAUGAUCCAGCUGAUUUUUCGCGCAACUCGUAUGAGACACAGACAAUGAAUAAUGCAUUAGCCAUCCUAAAACACAAGACAGUGGAUAUCCUAAAAAUAGAACAUGUCCUUGACCCAAGUCGUUCGUAUGAUUUGCUGUAUUAUCUCAUGAAGGAUGGAAUUAUGAAGAGAGUCAACCAGGUGUACUUUUCAGUUUUAAUAGAUAAGAUAGAUGAUGACUACCUGUAUGCCUGGUACAGAACACUGUACAAUCUGUUCCACAAGGCUAACUUCCGACUGUACCACACGGCUACAUCCAAUCAGCUCUGUCUCCAAGUCACUUUAAUGGAGUCCUGUCUGUACUACAUGUCAUGGAUCAAGUCUCCGAGUCCCCGGGCAUUUAUCAUGUAUCCCCCCGCUGUUGAUGGUACUUACGAGAAUGAAAUGAAAAGAUUGGAAGGUUAUUUGGACAACAAAGAAACUCGGUGCAAGGAUAUAAAUCAUGUUAGCAUAUCAGAUAAAACCACCCUAGAGCUCUGUAUGGAUGUGAUCAAACUUCCCAAACCUUGCAAACUUAUCAUUAUCAGGGAGAAGAGAUCCCCCAUAACUGCACAGUUUAAAGACCAAACCUCAUGUGACGUGUUCGUGAUUCAGGGGUCAGAACUGGGCAUGGAAGAUGAUGUAACUGUCUUUAGGACCAAUAAUGGAGGUUCCUUUGUGACAAAUGUACAAACUCUUCCCCUAAGUGAAGCCAUGUUUAGGUACUUAAAUGCAGAUUCAUACAACUUCCUGUACACUAACGUUGAUAAGGAAUACUGGGCAUUGAUGUCAAUAAUUCUAGACACUGCAGUCUUACAGGGUGUUGACCAGAUGAUAUCUGACCUAUCACUAUGGGAAAAUAUCAAUCAUGUGAAUAUUCGGCAACGCUUCAGCGAACUCAAACGACUGCACGCAUAUGGGCUGGAAUUGUACCAGUAUUUUGACCUUCCAGAGAGUGAGAGAUUGCACAUCACCAGCAUGAAGCAUAAAAAACAGCGACUUAGCUAUGUCAGAACAACUCAAAGUUUGAAGUUGAAAUGAUCUGAGUAUUGCACUGUAAACUUGAAAGUUUUUUUGUGUAUAAAUACUCCAAAAAUAUGUCAUGGAAAUUUUUGCAUAGACAUUACCGUAAGUCGAGUAUAAUGUUGGCCUUGAUGAAAUACUAGAACAUGUACACUUAUCAUUCUGGUAUACUGCAUUUGCAUCUUGAUUGCUUUAGAACUUGCCCAGAUAUGCUUUGAUUUUGUUUUGUUCUUUAUGCUGCAGUACCAGCCAAAACAGCCUCAGUUUGCAAGGUAUUGUUUUUCAAUGCAGUACGUAUGAUAGUAAUGCUCAGUUAUAUGUGUACUCAACAUUUUCCAAGUCAUGUGCACAUUUCUAUUAUGCAGUUGAACUUCAGUAUCUCAAACAUCGAUAUCGAGAAUACCAUGGAAAUGUCAAAGUGAUUCGGAAAUCCCAACCACUUAUUCUUUAAUAAGUAUUUUACCCUCGAUAUCUCAAAGGUUUUUUUAGUCCCUUCGAGUUCAAGAUAACGAGGUUUGACUGUAUUUUCUAUUAUUAUCAGUCAUAUAUAUUUGAGAAUAAUUAUUGAUCACAGUAACUACCAAUAUUUUUAUGUACACUGUACAUGUAUCUUUUAAUGUACUGAGUCUAUUGUACUAAGUGUAAAAAUGGACUUUUCAGUGAUUGCUAUGUACAUGCACAUUUACACUCUAUGUACUACCAUUGAUACAGAUAUCAGAAUUUUCAUUCUGCACUAAAGGUUGGCAUUUUGUUGUAAUUUUGAGAAUAAGAAUAACUAGUUGUUAGCAUGUGCAUACUUAACAAUGAUACACAUACAUAUAGGUCCAAAAGCUUCCAAAUGUACCAGGAUAUCAGCAUUUCUUCAAACAAUUAUUCCAUGUUGACACUGGGUACAGGAAAUUUUUGCCAUAUAUUGUUUCCUGUCAUAUGCAUUAGAAAACGAUAUCUCUUAAGUUUGAAAUUCACCCAAAGCUAUCUUUUGCUACUUUAAAGCAUUUAAUCAAUUUAUAUUUGGUAAAUUCUAUAUCCACCAAUUUUGUUCCAGAAUAUGUAAGGAGUUUCCACGUGUCACUCAUGGACAAAGCUUCUGUCGUAUUCACUAGUCUUAAAGAGAAAUAUCUAUGUUAUUAGUACAGCAUACAGAGUUAUUGUGGAUUGAAGAAAAAAAUGGUUGCAGUUUUUGUUUUUUCAGUGUAAGGCAGUAGUAACUCUUAUUUAGUGAAUAUUUUGUUUGUUUUUUCAGUGUAAGGCAGUAGUAACUCUUAUUUAGUGAAUAUUUUGUUUGUUUUUUCAGUGUAAGGCAGUAGUAACUCUUAUUUAGUGAAUAUUUUGUUUGUUUUUUCAGUGUAAGGCAGUAGUAACUCUUAUUUAGUGAAUAUUUUGUUUGUUUUUUCAGUGUAAGGCAGUAGUAACUCUUAUUUAGUGAAUAUUUUGUUUGUUUUUUCAGUGUAAGGCAGUAGUAACUCUUAUUUAGUGAAUAUUUUGUUUGUUUUUUCAGUGUAAGGCAGUAGUAACUCUUAUUUAGUGAAUAUUUUGUUUGUUUUUUCAGUGUAAGGCAGUAGUAACUCUUAUUUAGUGAAUAUUUUGUUUGUUUUUUCAGUGUAAGGCAGUAGUAACUCUUAUUUAGUGAAUAUUUUUGAUCACAUUUACAUUGAUCCUAUCAUGAAAUAACUAUGAAAACAAGAUUGCAAACUAUUUCAACAUUUUAUUUACUGAUGUUGUGUUGUUGUGGAAUUAUAUAUUCUUUAGAUGCAGCAUAAAAUGAUGUAUUUUGUAUAAUCUAGAUGUUUUAUCUAUAUUUAAGUAUGUGUAUUCAAGCAUUUCAGUGCAGUACUGCUGAUUAUAGAGGAAACACAUUCUCAUUUCUUAUCUAUACUCUACUGGUUCUAUCUUGUGCUUAACGAGAAGGUUUUUUCCCCAGCUACAUGCAGAGUAGUGUAAUGUGUAUGAUCCCGAUCUUGUGUAUUUUGUGCUUAGAAAUUGUCUCCAAAUUUUUGAUACAAUGUACUAGUAUUAAUCAAUUGUUGACUUCAGAAUUGGUCAAUAUAUUGACUGUCACAAGAGAAAUAAUUUGUAGUCUGGGUCUAGUGAUAUCUAAAUGUACUUACUGGACAAAAUGCUUUUAUCAUAUAAGUUUUUACAUAGAUAUUGACUUGAUAAAUCAGUAAGAAUCACCAAAAUAAAAAAAAUCACAAAAAUUUCAUAAAAAAUAAUUGAGAGCUUGUAUCCCUUUCUCAAUGGUUAAACCAUUCUUCAUAUGGGAUGCUUUAACAAGCCAAUAAUGGGGCAAUGAUCCACCUCAACGAGUUCAACCUCAUAAAAAUGUACUGUUUUCAAGUCUAUAAAAUUCACUCCAUUGACCAAACAAUGAGCAAAUUUUCUUUCUUUUUUAAAAUUAUAUAGCAUAUCAAAUAAUAAAAGUUAUUCCAUGCUUACUUGGGAAAUAGUCCAGCUUUGUCCAGAGAUGGUGGAUAAGAUCUGGGAAAUAGUUCCCCGGGUCCUCUCCUCCACUUUGGGACAAAAGUUUGACUGUUCCCCAAGUCGGCAUGAAAUAACUGUAUACUGUUCAUGCUACUUUGAAUGGAUGGUUAGUUUAGUUACCAAGUAAAAUACUGUGGCAUUGUUUUUGUAGAAUUUUUUGCCAUUGCUUUUGUAGAGAAAUGUGUCUGAAUAAAAUGGAUUAGAAAAUUUC